AUGCAAAUCUUUGUCAAGACCACAAAUAGCAGGACUUACACUCUUAAGGUCAAGAGUUCAAGUACGAUCAGGGAUGUCGAGGGCAAAAUCCGUGAUCGUGAUCACAGCCUAGACUGCUUUGGUCUCAUCUUUGCUGGCAAGAAGUUGAAGGAUGAACGCACGCUGGCAUAUUACAACAUUAAGAAUUUGAGCACACUAGAACUUGACCUUUACCUGCAUAUAUCUGUCAAGACGGUGACUGGCAAGAUCAUUGAUAUUGGCGUUUGGAGUUCAGAUACCAUCAAGCAUGUCAAGGUGGUGAUUCACAGUCAGGAGGGAAUUCCUUCGUACGAGCAGCACCUCAUCUUUGCCAGCAAGCAGCUGGAGGAUGGCCGCACCCUUGCAUAUUACAAGAUUGAGAAUUCAUGCACUCUUGAGCUUGUCCGGUGGCUGCAUAUCUAUGUCAAGACGCUGACCAGCAAGACCAUUAUUUUUGCGGUUUUGAGUUCAUGCAAGAUCGAGGAUGUCAAGGCGAUGAUUUAUGGUCAGGAGGGCAUUCCUUUGUCUGCGCAGCGCCUCAUCUUUGCCGGCAAGCAGCUCGAGGAUGGCCGCACCCUGGCGGACUACGGCAUCCAGACUUUCAGCACGCUUCACCUCGUCCUUCGCCUGAGAGGGGGUAGAGUGAUCGGCAUCAAGACGCGGACUGGCAACACGAUUUUUCCUACAGGGGUUUGGACUAACAACACGAUUGAGGAUUUCAAGGCCAUGAUUCACAAGGAAGAGGGCAUUCCCCCAUCGCAGCAGCACCUCUUCAUUGCCGGGAAGCCGCUGGAGAACGACCGCACCCUGGGGAGCUACAUCAGCCAUGAUUCCGACAUCAUCUACGUCAGCCCUGAUUCCGACGUCGUCAUUCACCUUUUAAGUCGGCGCGCGGCUGCCUCGUCGGAUUGUGGACAGGGCGCGCAGGCUGCGGAACAAGCAGGAACUUGUGCACGGCUGUCUGUAAUGCGGCGUGGCCCAAUUUGUCUCAGUGGAGUCUAG